AUGGGGGCCACUUCAGACGCGGGUGCUCCAGAAACCGCGGAGGCCCAAGUUUGGGCUCUCAAGAGCAGCUCUACCAACCUCCGCAUUGAAGCUUUGCGGAAGCUGCUCCACGACAUCCAGGGCUCCGCAGAUGAAUCAAGCUCAACGAAGGCACUAACCCUUCUUCCUACUCUCCUGGCCACAUAUUCUCGAUACUCAGACAGAAAGUCCCGCCGCGCAGUUCAGUCCUGCCUUCGUGCAUUCCUGAAUAGCCCCUCUUCCGCCGACACCGCUUACUCUGCCAUUACAAAGUUCCUGUUGCAAGAGAGUCAAAGAACAGUUAUAGCCCCUGCAAGUGCAUUUGUCCUGCUUGAAUGGUGUUGUCUAGUCCAGCAAGAGAGUCCAGACAAUGAAACGUCCUUUGACUCUUCCUUUGGAAAGAUAUGUCUGGCCGCGGCCCGACUGGUGGACAAAUGUGAAGACAAGACUGUUCGUAGAGGGAUCCAACACUCUGCAUUGACCCUGGCUAGGAGGGGUCUGCGUGAUAUUUUCGAGACUGAACAAUUCGGAGAAAAGGCAUUGGAUCUGGCCCUCAAGGAUGUCGCCAGCUCUACUGAUACCAAUACCAGCUCUGCCCCAUACCUGGGGAUCAUUGCAGGUGUCAGUUCUCGAAUCCCAGAGAGGAAAGAACAGCUUCGAGCCUCGGCCAACAAGGUUCUUGAUUUCUACGUCAAGUACAUUAUCGGCUCCAAAACACCAGUGCCAUCCCACGAGUCUUUGGGCCUGGAGGAUUUCUUUCAGGACUUUGUGUCCAUCGAGGAUAUCGGUGACGUUGUCGUACCUGCGAUCGAAAAGGCUAUCUUAAGGUCACCGGAAGCUGUUCUCCAAGGUCCUAUCGACGCUCUAGCAUCAUGUUUGCCGGUGAAUCUCGAUAUUUCAGAACUGGUUUUCUCAAAAUUGUUGAAGCCUCUUCUGUCAGCCAUGAGUUCUACCAAUCCCACCAUUCGUGAAGGUGCCGGCAAGGCGUUGCUGUCUCUAGUUGGCAGAGGUGGCGAUCCUGUCGCUAUACAGAAAAUCUCUGGAGAACUGGCCUCAGCUUUGAAGUCUUCCAAGGCGGCGAGCUUCGAAAUGAGGGGGAUCCUCGCCGGUGUCCUCCAAAUCAUCAGCCCUGAACUGAAGACGUCAGCGAUGAUUUCUCAAGCUAUUCUUCUGGCGGCGUCCAAAGAGGCGAAUGAAGGUGCCCUCAAGAAGGAACUCAUGGCGCUGUCUCCUCAUCUACGGAUUGUCAUCUCCACCUUGGCCAUGGAGAAGACUCUCUCGGACCCCAUCCUCAAAGGCUGUACUGAUAAACGACCCCUUUUCCGCAAAAGCUGGAUUCUCUGCAUCGCCAGCAUCCUUAAACAACUAGAAUGUGCACCGCCAGAAGCUUCAUCUACAGAAUUCGUUCGUUCAGGGUUGAAGAUUUUGAAAGAAAUCUACGACGAAGUCACUCCCAAUCCACUACCUGCGACACAGAACGGCUACGUUGCCGCGGCGUAUGCGCUCCCUGCCAUCCUUGAUUCACCAAUACUGAAGGCCAAUGAGUUUAAAUCCAGUACCUAUGACCAAGUUAGACAGCAAUCUCUGUCAACGGCGCCCAAGCUCUCCUUCUUGUUGAAUCCAAAAGUGUACACACGGCUUUCGUCCGGGGACGAUAACCAUUGGGCUCUUUAUGCCUUGAUAACCCUGGCACCAGAGCUUGAAAAUGUUUCAGAGGACGCAAAGACUUCAUGGGCGAGGGCGAUUUUGCAUUUAAUGCUUGCUCCUGAUGUCGAUCCAAGCCUCAGAAAGGAGACUGGAUCCUCUUUGUCUCGUGUCUAUCUUGAAAAGCCUGCUUCAGUGGGGCCAAGCAUCGUGUUCGGCAUCUGGGACGUACUUCGAUCUCGUGCACAGGAAGCUAACCCCGCGGCUGGAGACUCCUUUCCUCUCAGCGACAAUCGUUUGCUUCAGCCUGUGAAGUGUAUAACUCUGGCAAAAGACAAGUUCAAAGAGACGCCCCAGGAGGUAUCGACAGCGAUGUUAGAGAAACAAUCAAUAUCCACUGUCGUUCUACUGCGCCCCGAAUUGAUCGCGAAUUCGGAUUGGAUCGCAACAUGUCUGGCCAUGGGAGUUGACCCUGGACAGCUGGCCGAGAAGGAAAGGGAAAGUCUUUUUAGCGAGAUUCUGUCACAUUUCGAGUCCCCCAAACUAGCUCCACUGAACAUAUUCGAGAUGGCAGCCUGCAACGCCGCUGCGACUUUAGCAUUUGUGGCACCAGCUUCUAUUACGCCAUCACUGAUCGGCCAGUUUCGAAAAGACUUGGAUCCUUUGCAACUAGAUGGUGUGGGCCCGACCGAAGCGCUCAUUGCUCGUGCUCCUGAAGGAACAUUGGUUGUUGAUGUGCUCGGCCGACAGUCAAAUGGAAUUCUGGAGAACAAAAAUCAGAAGGAUUACGAUGUUCUGAAAUGGGAAGAAGAGAUACGCUCCCAGCUGGCAAAGAAGAAAGGUGCCCCUCAGAAAAAGCUGACUGCGGACCAGCAGGCCAAAGUCGACACCCAGCUUACUCAUGAGGCUACAACACGAGCCAGACUAAGGUCAGUUUCCAGCAACAUUCGACGAGGUGCCAAAUUCAUCGAGGGUCUCGCCCGUGGACCGCCGACAGACGCUCGAGUGUGGAUGUCGCCCGCCAUUGCCGCAUUGAUAAGUGUUCUAGAAGCGGGAGCUUCACUCAUCGUCGACGAUGAAGUAGUCUCCGCCUAUCUCGCUUGCUCUGAGCAGGUCUCAGAUCGCUUGGGAAACUUGCGAUCCUUUGUCGGCGUUGCUACUCUGAGGUCUUUGCUGAACGCCAGUGUCCCUGAUCACCUCACGGUGGAGCCUCUCGCAGAAUUGGCCACCAGAGUGCUGUAUCGACUGAGAUUUGCAGCCGAGCAACGUCCGUUUGACACAGCAAGCACUGCUUAUGCUCUUCCACUCAUCUUUUCGGUCCUGGAAAAUGGGAGAGUCGGGGACGUUACAGGAGACGAUGCUGAUGCACAAGUCCUCCUUGCACUCGAAUUUUUGUCCUUCCAAAUGGGCUCUGGCGCCGAUGAACACCUUCCGAGAGCCGAAAUCCUUCGUCAUCUAAUCAGUGCAAUGCAGCAGUAUAACCAGCACUAUCGCAUCAUCAAAGAUUGUCUGUUUGAUUUCUGUCGAUCGAUAUCUACAAACUUGACGCCGGAAGAAAGAGACAUUCUGUUGUCAGCCGUCACUCUCCCCCAAUCCUCUGUACGCUCCGCGGUUCUGCAAGCAAUCCAUUCUGAAAUUGAUUUGUCAGAAUUAGACCAUUCGGUCCAUUUAUGGAUUGCUGGUCAGGAUGAAGAGGGCGAAAACGCAGAGACCGCUUUGGCGAUCUGGGAAGAACAUGAUUUCACGGUUACCGAGGAGAUGGUUGAUAGUAUACCACCGUUCCUCUUCUCAGCAGCACGGUCGACCCGAACAGCAGCGUCCGAGGCUCUUGCUCGAGCACUUUUUCAAACGCCUUCCAAAACAGACGCCGUAUUGGCCAGUCUCGAAGAAUCAUAUCGAAUAGAAGCACAACCACUUGUCCCAAAACGGAAUAAAUUCGGAAUCGUGCAAAAGGGAGAAUUGAUCGAUCAAUGGGAGAGAAGGAGCGGGCUUGCCCUUGCGUUUAAGGAACUCGCCUCAGUACUCAACCCCGAUGCUUUGGUCCCUUUCAUGAACUUUCUGGUGACGGAUGGUGCACUAUCCGACCGCCAUGCGAUCGUACGCUCAGAGAUGGUCGACGCUGGUAUUGCGAUAGUAGCAGCUCGCGGAAAAGAAUGUUUAGAACCAUUAAUGGAGCUUUUCGAGAGGGUCUUACAAGGUCCUGACAAAGCAACGCAAGAAUCUGACUGGGUCAAUGAGGCAGUAAUCGUUCUCUUUGGUUCCCUAGCACGACAUCUUCCAGACGGCGACAAAAGAACAUUAACUGUCAUACAAAAGCUUCUCGACACACUUAGCACUCCAUCAGAGUCUGUCCAGUACGCCGUUGCGAAUCGUCUUCCUCCCUUGGUUCGGACUCCAAACGUUGAUGCUGGUGCUUAUAUUACCUCACUUCUCGAACAACUAUUUCAAUCCAAACAAUAUGCUGCACGUCGAGGAGCAGCUUAUGGCCUUGCUGGAAUUGUGAAAGGCAAGGGAAUGGCAAUUUUGCGGCAGCAUCGCGUUAUGUCACAAUUGAGGAGCGCAGCAGAGAAUAAAAAGAGUUCUGAGCAGCGGCAAGGUGCAAUGAUGGCGUACGAACUACUAUCAUUGCUCCUUGGACGAACAUUCGAACCGUACGUGAUCGAACUAUUACCACAGUUAUUGACCUGCUUCGGGGAUCCUGUUGUGUCAGUUCGUGAAGCUUGUUUGGAUACCGCAAAGACGUGCUUCGCAAGCUUAAGCUCCUUUGGUGUCAACCGCGUGCUUCCUCCACUAUUGGAGGGAUUAGACGAAACACAAUGGCGAAGCAAAAAGGGAGCAUGCGACCUGCUCGGUGCAAUGGCGUAUCUUGACCCACAACAAUUGGCUACCAGCCUGCCUGAUAUCAUCCCGCCAUUGACGGCGGUCCUGACAGACAGCCACAAAGAAGUCCGAGCGGCGGCAAAUAGCAGUCUGAAGAGGUUUGGUGAGGUGAUCACAAAUCCUGAGGUUAAGAGCCUUGUCGAUGUUUUGCUCAAGGCCCUAAGUGAUCCGACCAAAUAUACCGAAGACGCUUUGGAUGGUCUGAUCAAGGUUUCAUUCGUACAUUAUCUCGAUGCACCAUCACUGGCACUUGUGGUGAGGAUCUUGGAGCGAGGCCUCAGUGGUCGUUCGGCCACCAAACGAAAAGCUGCUCAAAUCAUUGGUAGUUUGGCGCAUCUCACUGAGAAGCGAGAUAUUAUCACACAUCUACCAAUUCUGGUCACUGGCCUGCGCCUUGCUUGUGUCGACCCGGUGCCAGCGACUCGAGCGACGGGGUCCAAGGCACUGGGCAGCUUGAUCGAGAAAUUGGGCGAAGAUGCCUUCCCCGAUCUGAUCCCAAGUUUGAUGUCCUCCCUUCGUACAGAUAGAGGUGCAAGCGAUAGACUUGGUUCUGCUCAGGCUCUCAGCGAAGUGCUGGCUGGCCUUGGAACUGGACGACUCGAAGAGACUCUUCCAACUAUCUUACAGAAUGUUGCUAGCACGAGAGCGACAGUCCGAGAAGGGUUCAUGACUCUGUUCAUAUUUUUGCCCGCAUGCUUCGGCAAUAGCUUCGCCAACUACCUUGCACAAAUCAUCCCGUCACUCCUUGGCGGUCUGGCUGACGACGUGGAAGCCAUUCGCGAAACAGCUCUCAGAGCUGGCAGACUCCUGGUGAAGAAUUUCGCUAGCAGGGCUAUUGACCUGUUGCUGCCAGAGCUGCAACGUGGAUUAGCGGAUGAUAGCUACCGCAUUCGCCUCAGCUCAGUUGAGCUUGUCGGUGACCUCCUUUUCAAUUUGACCGGCAUCAGCGCACAAACCGACGCCGAGGAGGAAGGCGGGUCGGCGACGCAAGCUGGACAGUCUUUGCUGGAAGUCUUGGGAGAGGACCGGCGGAACAAAGUACUCUCUUCACUCUAUAUCUGUCGCUGCGAUACUUCCGGUCAAGUUCGGACAGCUGCAAUUUCCGUUUGGAAGGCCCUUGUUGCCACGCCAAAGACCCUGCGCGAGUUGGUCCCUACCCUCACUCAGAUGAUAAUUGCUCGCCUUGCUUCCUCCAACAUGGAACACAAGGUCAUCGCCGCCAACGCUCUCGGCGAGGUGAUUCGCAAGGCUGGAGAGGGUGUCUUCACCUCAUUGCUUCCUUCUCUUGAAGAGGGCCUCCAAACUUCUACCGACGUAGAUAAGAGACAAGGUAUUUGCAUUGCUCUGCGUGAGAUUGUCAACGCGGCUCAACCAGAAUCACUUGAGGAGCAUGAGAAGAAAUUAAUUGCCAUCGUUCGAUUGGCAUUGACUGACUCGAACCCAGAAGUGCGCGAAGCUGCUGCAGAGUCAUUUGAUUCUCUGCAGCAAACUUUUGGAAAGCGAGCAGUGGAUCAAGUUCUGCCACAUUUACUCAAUCUUUUGCGGAGCGAGUCAGAAGCUGAACAUGCUCUAUCCGCAUUGCUCACAUUACUCACUGAAGCCACAAGAGCCAAUGUUAUUCUGCCAAACUUGAUCCCCACACUCUUGACGAACCCAAUUACUGCUUUCAAUACCCGAGCCCUUGCUUCUCUGGCCAAGGUUGGGGGUGCUAGCAUGGUUCGAAGAUUACCCACAAUUCUGAACAGCCUUGCGGACAAUAUCGUUACGAGCAAGGAUGAAGAACAUCUAGAAGAAUUGAACGAAGCAUUUGAUGCAGUGUUGUCGUCUGUUGAUGAAUUUGACGGGCUCAACACUGCAAUGAGUGUCAUGUUGACCAUGAUCAAACAUGACGAUCAUAGAAGACGCGCUGUAGCUGCCACUCAUCUAGCUACAUUCUUCGCUACGCCCGUAGUCGAUUACUCUCGCUACAAUCAGGACCUCAUUCGUGUCCUGCUCAUUUCUUUCGGUGAUCGAGACCCAGAAGUCGUCAAAGCAGCGUGGUCCGCACUCAGCCAAUUACAAACUCACCUUAGGAAGGAGGAAAUGGAGACAUUGGUUGCCUCGACGCGCCAAGUUUUGCAGCAAGCUGGGACAGCUGGAUCCAUUCUACCCGGGUUUGCGCUUCCUAAGGGCAUUCUGCCAGUCCUCCAAAUCUUCCUGCAGGGCUUGAUGAACGGAAGCACGGAACAACGAGUUCAGUCUGCCAUGGGUAUCUCGGAUAUCAUCGAGCGCUGUGGUCCGGAUGCUUUGAAGCCAUUUGUUACUCAGAUCACAGGUCCACUCAUCCGUGUGGUGGGUGAGAGAUCGAUGGAUGUCAAAUGCGCCAUCCUGUCCACCCUCAACCAAUUACUCGAGAAGAUUCCGACCUUCCUCAGGCCCUUCCUGCCACAAUUGCAAAGAACCUUCACCAAAUCUAUCGCCGAUCCGACAAGUGAACUCCUUCGCACACGUGCAACGAAAGCACUGAGCACCCUUAUUGUCCUAACCCCUCGAGUAGACCCGCUUAUCGCGGAACUUGUUACGGGAGCAAAGAUUCCAGACGUUGGCGUCCGCAAUGCAAUGCUCAAGGCUCUCCAAGAAGUUGUCAGCAAAGUCGGCUCUAACAUGAGUGACGCUUCUCGAGAAUCCAUCCUAGGCCUUAUGGACAGCCAGCAAGAUGCGGGGGACGACAGCAUGGCGGUGACCAAUGCGCGCCUGCUCGGUGCCAUGAUCAAGGUGCUGCCAGCAGAAAAAGCAGCCUCGUUAAUCAAGAGUCGAGUGCUACUUCACCCGUCCACCAAUGCUUCAAUCCUCGCCCUCAACGCUGUGCUAUUAGAAAGCCCAUCGACCUUGAUCUCUGGGUAUGCUGAAGAGACACAAAGCGUUCUCAAUGCAGGACUUACAGGUAAGAGUAUCUUUGUCCAACAAAACACCGUUCUAGCACUAGGCAAAUACCUCCUGUCCAAAUCCACGACAUCCGACGAAGCGGUAUGUCAACCACUCUUCGAAGCCCUUGCUUCGGUAAUUGCACCAGGAGGCGACAUUGACUCACGCCGUCUUGCGCUCGUCGUUGUGCGCACCGUAACCCGUCACCACGGCGACGACGUGCGAAAAUUCCUCUCUGUCCUUGUCCCUCCUGUCUUCUCCUCGGUCCGCGACCCUGUGAUCCCCAUCAAACUCGCCGCGGAAGCGGCGUUCCUCGAGCUCUUCGGCGUCGUGGACGAAGAAAGUACCAUCUUCGACAAAUACGUGGCUGGCCCUGGUAAGGCUCUGCCACCGGGCCAGGCGCGGCCCAUGAGCGAUUACUUCAAGCGUGUGGCGUUGAGAUUGGGUGCACAAGCAAGGGAGAGGCGUGAAGCUGAAGGUGGAGCUGGAAGUUUGGGUCUGAGUUCCGAUGAGCAGGAAGAUGAGCGUGAAGUGUGGAGUGUGGGCAGGGUGGAUUUGGGUGAGGGAGGUGAUGAUAACUGA